CAGCUGUGUGCUAUUAAAAGACAUUGAUCUGCUGUGCUACAGACUCACCAGAUGGCAUUUCAAGAGGGUCUUUGCUGACAGGAGUUCUCUAAAAGCACUGAGAUUUGCAGAUCACCUUUGUGAAAUACCCUUUCAGUCUGUUUUUUUUCAUAUGCACUACAAUGGGAUUUCUUGCAGUCCUAGUUCUACCGUUACUACUGAUUGGAAUCAGUGGGAUUCUUUAUAUUUAUAGAGAAGUUGUCAGACUAAUGUCAAAAUCUGCUGUACGGAACAAAGUGGUUGUGAUCACCGAUGCAGUGUCUGGACUUGGAAAGGAAUGUUCCAGGGUAUUUCAUACAGGAGGAGCUCGCCUAGUCUUAUGUGGUAAAAACUGGGAAAAGCUGGAAGCUCUAUACGACGCGCUGAUUGCAGUAGCAGACCCAAGUACGACAUUUCCACCAAAGCUAGUGCUACUGGAUAUCAGUGACGUGCACUCCAUUCCUGAUGCAGCUAAUGAAAUUCUGGAUUGUUUUGGUUGUGUGGAUGUACUAAUCAACAAUGCAAGCAUGAAAGUGAAAGGUCCUGCUCAGACAGUGUCUCUGGAACUGGAUAAGAAGAUAAUGGAUGCUAACUACUUUGGGCCAGUGACAUUAACCAAAGCUCUUCUACCAUCCAUGACUUCAAGAAGAUCUGGUCAAAUUAUGCUGGUCAGCAACAUACAAGGAAGGCUGGGAAUUCCAUUUCGUGCAGCAUAUGCAGCAUCCAAACAUGCAGUGCAAGGAUUUUUUGAUUGUCUGAGGGCUGAAGUAGAAGAAUUUGGUAUUUCUGUGGGUACUGUAAGUCCGACAUUUGUUCGUUCCUACAAUCUUCAACCAGAGGCUGGCAACUGGGAAGCACCCAUUUGGAAAUUUUUCUUCAGAAAGUUGUCACAUGGCGUUCACCCUGUGGAAGUGGCUGAAGAGGUCUUGCAUGCCGUAAGUCGAAAGAAGCAUGAGGUUGUGUUGGCAAAUCCGAUACCGAAGGCUGCACUGUACUGCAGAACAUUCUUCCCAGAAUUAUUUUUUGCAGUAGUCGCUGCAGGAAUUAAGGAAGCACAGCAUGUAGAAGAAGAAAAGAACUCAUGAUAGCUUGUUUUAUCUUAUGAGUUUCUGUGUCUUGUACUAACCUUGGUUUAGCAAGCAGUUUUGUAUCACUACUGGAGCAAAACAAUUCAGAAACUGAUAUGCGUGAGCUCACUCCUUUUAUUAUAUUAACCAAUGCAUCGGUACCGUAAGUGCCUAAACAUAUAAAAUAAACAUAAUAUAAACAUA